CGUACGUGUGUACUAUAUUUUAACCCGAGUAAAACAGUAGUUUUCAUUAUAUUAAGUCAAAGAAAUGCAUUUAAACGGAAUUCAGUGAGCUUAUUUAUUCCCCUGCCGGAAAUAGAACCCUGAAAAAGGAAGUGAUCACUUAAUAACGUUGACCCCGCACAGGGAGUAUAUUCGGAUUGAUAUAAACGCUUAAAUUAAAGGUUUCUUUUGAUAUAAUGACAAUAUUAUUUAUGAAUACGAAAUAUUAAAACGCGCCCAGCUAUAAUUAACGAGACGUCCGGGAUAAGCCUGGAUAAGCCUUCCGCUUAAAAUAAAUAUUGAAAUUUGAGGUGAUCAAGAACUGUGUCAGGCUCAGGUCAGUGGCAAAAAAAGUCUAGUGGCUACUGGCCAGUAUAGUGAAAACUGUAGCACUUGGAGAUUUGGCAAGAACUCAACGGGGCAUGCGGACCGACAGCAGACAGGUGAAUGAGAUGUCGAAAUUCGACCCUUCUGUAUCGCUGGACAACCUGUUGUAUCACGUCAAGUUACAGAUUUUGGAAGAGAGCCGCCCCUUGCUUUGUAAAAACUUGCAGCCAAAAAGGCAUUACGCUUACCUACGCAGUGUGAAUAUACUGUCAGAAGAUGACUGCGCCGAGAUCAACCAUGAAGUGACACCGAGUUCACAGGCGGGGAAGUUUCUGGAUAUUCUGCAGAAAAGAGGCCCCACUGUUUAUUACCAUCUGUGCCAAGCUCUACUUAAGGAAGGAUCACAACUUUUUUUACUCAGACAUUUGAAUGAGGAAUUUGAAAGGAGGAGAGCACUUGUGAUAGCUGAAAAUCCUCACCUCGUGCCAGCCAGCCUAGCAAGUGAACACAGCUGAGGAUUGAUGUAGCCUAAAAUAAUCACACAUACCACCUACCUCUUAUAUUAUGGACUUCUACAAAAUGCCUGUCACACAUCCAGCUUGUCAGCAGUUUCCAUCUCAUACUGCCAGCACAGCUAAUGCUGCAGUUGUAAACAUUUUAUUCCCAAAACCCUUUAUUUAUUUUAAAGACAGUUUUUGUAAAUUGCCAGCACAUGAUGAUUCAUCAAAACAGUCUGGUUUUAUAUUUGAUACUUACUCCAGCCUGAUGGCAACUUAAAACCAUUUGAUAUCAAAUUAUUGUAUUCAGAUACAUAUCAUUUAAAAAUUUGUUCAGGGAAAAUCUUAUGACAUUUAUUAUUUACAACUGAACAAUUUUUAUACUCUUACUACAGAGCGGACCAGUAGUAUGUAAAAUACCACAUUGUUCAUUUGCAUUUUUACAGAUACUGUAAACCACAUUUCUUUUAACCUUAUAAUUUGGGCUAAGUAGGGGUUGUUACGUCUUGAAUUGUAAUAAAAGGUUAGAAGAUUCUGAUGUACAAAACUGUAGAAACUAAAUAAAUUUUCAUUUUCUGAAGUAAUGUGAAAAGCACCAGGUCAUUUCACUUUUUCAUGUGGUACAGUUUAAAUUCUUUUUAUGUGCAUAUACUACAUGUGAAUUCAGACAUCCAUUUUAGUUGAAACUGAUUAACAUAGUUGUAGAAUCAUGUUUACUUAUAAAUAUAUAAUUAAUGUCUGUAUCAUGUGUGACA